AUGUGCGCAAAAUUUCUUGUGCCGCUGCUAAAUCAUGUCAAGUCAGACGUAAACGAUGUGUAUGAAGUUCUACAUCCAUUGCAGGCACUUUGUCAAGUUGUGGGAUUAGCACCUUACAGUUUCACGAGGAGGAGUGAUGGUUCCAAGACGUACAUUCGUUCGCCAUUGAGUAUAAUCGGAUAUGCCAUCCUGUUCGCUUUGUAUAUCUCGGCUAUUGUCGUUCGUAUUUGUUUCAAGGAGGAUCUGAGUGAUGAAGCAAUUGAAAGGUACUUGGAUAACUUGCAGGAGUACGUCAUUGCGCUGAUUGUAUUUGUUGCAAUUACUUUCGGCUGGAUCUUUUCCAGGAAAGUAAUUGAGGUGUUCAAGAAUGUGGACGAGAUUGAUAAGGAGUUCAAAGAUCUAUCUGUUUGGAUGCCGUAUAGACGUUGCUAUGGAGUGCUGAUUCUCAACAUUGCGCUAAUUAUAGUGGUUCAGUUCAUCGUAUUCAUAUGGAUUUGGCUAAGACGAGAAAUGGAUGAAGACGUGCUAUUAACACUGUUGAAUUUAGUAAUCAUCUUACCUUUCUUAUUAUUAACGCACCUCACAGAGUUGCAGUAUGUUCAGUACAUCCAUUUAUUGAAAUAUCGAUAUGCAAUUUUAAACGAGCAUUUGGAAGUGCUGUAUCGAGAACAUAAAACUCGCGAGGGUUGGAUAUUGACAACCAAUUCUGAUCCCGACGUGACGAAGGGCAUAUUAAAAAGCGCUGAAACGAUAUCGAACCCAAUUUCGGUCGUUGAAAAGGUAGUGACGAUACACCUCAAGUUAUCAGAUGCAGCGAACUUAAUCAAUACGUCAUUUUCGGUUCAACUUCUCUUUCGAAUAACAAUAGCCUUUACAUCUAUAGUUGCCGCUCUUUAUACGAUCGGUGUUAAUUUCUCCAGCACCGAGGAUGAGCAAGAGACCUUGGAUGUGGACGUACAGUUUACAGCUUGGGCUGCUUCAAGCGCUUUCGAAUUGUUUCUUAUAGUUUGGAUUGCAAGCUCAACAUGCGAAGAGGCAAAUAAGUGUCCUCGAUUGAUGCAUAAAAUUCGAAAUGCUACUAAAAACUCGCAGCUUCAGGAUACGAUUGAAAUGUAUUCGUUGCAGAUGUACCACAACCGUCUGCAGCUUUAUGUUUGCGGAUUAUUCCCUCUUGACUAUACUCUUUUACAUACGAUUGUGGCCGGCGUGACGACCUAUUUGGUGAUACUAAUACAGUUUAGAAGUGCAGGAAUGGCAUCAAAAAAGAGGUUACAAUGCAAUCGCACGGGAUCGAUUCAAUAAAUUCGG